CUCUAGCUUUCUAAGUUUCCAAUUACCAAUUAGUUUCAAUGGAUUAUUCUCUCCCUUAUGUAAACUCUAUCACUGCUUUUUUAUUUACAAUCAUCAUCGUUUCCUAUUACUUCUCACGCAGAUGGAGAGCUGCCAAAUUAGCCCCAACUGAAGCCAAGGGUGCAUGGCCGAUAUUUGGCCACCUUCCCUUGCUAGGAGGAUCCACACCUACUCACAUCACAUUGGCAGCCAUGGCUGACAAGUACGGGCCUCUCUUCACCAUUCGCCUCGGCGUCUAUCCAUCUCUGGUGAUAUGCAGUUGUGAGAUCGCAAAAGAAUGCUUCACAACCGAUGACUUGGUCUUAAACUCGCGUCCAAAGCUCGCGGUUGUGGAUCACAUUGGCUAUAACUAUGACAUGUUUGGGUUUGCACCCUCCGGAUCCUACUGGCAAGAGCUGCGCAAGAUGACCACCUUGGAGCUGCUCUCGAACCGAAGGCUUGAGCUGCUCAGACACAUUCGAGUCUCUGAAGUGACAACUUUCUUGCAAGAAUAUUACAAAACUUGGAGCACCGCGGAGAAAAGGGAGAGCAAUAAUAGGGACGGAGUUUUGGUGGAGUUGAAGCAGUGGUUUGAGGACAUGACUUUGAACGUGAUUCUUAGAAUGGUGGCCGGAAAGCGUUAUUCGGUUGUGGCCGAUGAGGAUGAGAAGAAAGCGUAG